UGCAGGAGAGACAGAGAAAUGGUGUGCCUGCUCCGCUGCUCCCUGCUGUCGUCCCUCCUCCUCCUCCUGCUCCGCAUCCAUGAGACGGAGCAGAACAGCUACUGCCAGCAGAUCAUCACAGAGAGGCACCUGGCCGAGCUGGAGGAGCUGGCUGACACCCAGAUGCAGCACCCGGGCAGAGUCUCCUUCAAGUUCAUUGACAAGAUGCAGUUGAAUGACUCCAUCUGCUACGUGAAAGCUGCCUUUCCCCUGAUGGGCAAGAUCCUGGAGCGAACAGAGUUCAAGGAGAACUCGUCCAACGCCCGGAAGAUGCAGACGGUGCGCAGGAUGUACAACCGCAUCGACGAGAGCGUGGACCCCUGCAUCAGGGAGGAGGAUGAUGAGGAGAGAACGCUCUCGCAGAUGUGCUUCAAGGAGUUCACCACCUCCCCCUACGAGAUGCUGGUGUUGGUGAAGGAUUUCUUCCAGGACAUCAAGCGUCUGCUGCAGAACCAGGAGACUUUUGAGAAGGAUUGCAGCCACGUGUACCGCAGGGCCUGCCCGGGACCCAGGAAGGCUGGAUCCUCACCAGGUGUGGGGACAGAUCCUGACUGCAAUUGCCCGUCCCCUGCCCUCCCUUCUGCCACCCAGCCCUCCCUCCCUGCUGCCACUGGCAGGGACAUGGCACCCGCUAGCACCCAGGUCCCCUCCAGCCUCCUCCAUGCCACCCUCGCUGACUUAGAGGCCCCAUCUCAGUCCCCCAGUAGCACGGACGGGGGCUCAGGGACCGAGGAGGUCCUGGGUGCCGUGGUAGGUGACACAGCGCUGGUGUUGGCCCCUGGGAUGAAGCAGACAGCUCCAGCCAGCAGUGCCGAAGCCCUCCAAGAUCCGGCCGGGACGCUGAGCCUGGCACCGGGUGACAUCCCCGUCCUCCGUGGGGAUGGAGAGCUGGUGGAGUGGGGCACCGGCCACCUGCCGCAGGAUGCAGGCCAGCAGUGGGGAGGCUCCAUGCUCCCGGAUCAGCUCGGCGGGCUCGGGACCACCCCUCCGGCAGCAUCGCCCGGCGCUGGCAGAGGCAGGAUCCGCCCCGCGGCAGCGGCCGAGCCCGUGACACAGCUGCGCUUCUCCAGGAUGGCCCCCGAGCUGCCAGCCCCGGGCAGCCCCCGCGACGGGGCCAGGGCGUGGGGCUGGGGGCUCAGCCGGCUGCGGGGCCCCGAGGACGGCGGCGGGGCCGGGCCGAGCUUUGACUCUGGCUUUGUUCUGGGCGCAGAGCAGCGCAGGAAGGAGCCGCCCGCCCGGGAGGGCCGACAGGAGCCCCUCAUCUACAUUACGGUGGCCAGCGUGGUGGCCGUCCUGCUGGCCACGGGAGGACUGCUCUUCUACAAGUAUAAAUCUAGGGUCCUGGAGCGGCCGCUGGAAGAUGGAGGCUGUGACCCCGAGGAUCCAGAGAGGAGGGCGCUGCAGGGAGCAAGGGAGUGCUCAGAGCUGGAGACUCAGGAUCUCUGAGGGCCCCAGGCAGGAUGUGAAGCUGCUCGGGGGAUGGAUCCGGAUGGAAGGAGGGUUGGCACUCGCCAGCCUUGCCGCGAUCCCACCGUGAUGCUGACACUCCCUCUUCCCUUGCCCCGUGCCGGUGGCCAGAGACGGCAAAAAACUCCCUGGCAGGGACAAAAGGAUGGGGGGAUGUGCCCUGAGUGGGACCCCCGGGCACCGGGAAGUGAAGGGACCAUGACUGCAGGCUGUGCUGGGACAGCAAUGGCUGAUGUGGCGCUGCAGUGCUGAGCAGGGCCAUGGAGAUGCUGGAUGUGGGAUGAUGGAUGUGAUCCCGCUUGGACACGGCCGACGCUGGAUGAAGACGGAGGGGAUUGACUCCCCAAAUCCUCUGGCUCUUCUCCCACCCCAGCAGACUGGGUUUGGAGCAGCACCCAUCGCCCCCUUCACCCUGCCUUUCCUGAGGCUUCAACUGGAGCAUCCUGAAUUCCGGGGGGCCAGUCCUGAGACACCCAGCCCUGACUUGCAACUCAAACCCUCACACUGUGAAUAUUUAAAGCCAACCUGUGCCCAUGUCCCUGCAUGGGGCUGGGUUUGGAGUGACCCUUGGCACCGUCCCAGUCCCUCCCCAUCCUC